AUGGUCGCGUUUGAGGAUGAGUCGACCGUCGCAGCAUUUAUCCAAGAGCAAGUAUCCCAUCCGAUGGCAUGUAAACACGUUGGCGAUCGAGCGAUUUACCAAUGCCACAACGAUUUUGGGCCUGUGAUGAAGGGCCUAGGCAAUAUGAUACCCCAGAUGACUGAUUUUGGCCUUGCACAACGCGGCGAUAAACUCGAGCCGUUAAUUCACCCAAUACAACCCGACGAGUUCCGCGCACCAGAAGUUCUCCUUGGCACUGGCUGGUUCUACAGCGCUGAUAUAUGGAACUUUGACGCUAUGCCAGGGACGGGCCCCUAUUCGCCAGCCCAGCACGUUGCAGAUAUGAUUGCUCUCAUAGGCCCUCCCAACCCUGUGCUGAAGCGGCGCGAAAGAGAUAUGCACCAUUGGCGAUGGUCACCUGCAGCAUUAAAUCCACGGGGACAACUCUCUGGCACCGCUGCUGAGUUUUACGGCGGCCCAUUCUUUGCUAGCGAUGGUACAUUUGUGCGGGUUGAUUUGAUACCAGCCAGGCGCAGUUUGGUGAACGAAGUGCCUCAAUGCAUUCUCGAAGAGAAUCAUGUUGACCUCUUUCUCGAGUUUAUGAAGAAAAUGCUUUGCUGGUUACCCGAAGAGCGUGCAACGGCCGGCGAGCUACUACUUGAUCCUUGGUUGAAUCUCAGCACAACAUGA